AUGCUGAUGGACAUGGAGGAGGCGAGCUUCGGUGAGGUCUACGUGGCUUCGGUGCACUGGGCGCUGACGCAGUUCACGCCGGCCACCAACAACAUCGCGCCGGGGAAUGGCUUGGAGAGGUUCUUCUCCAUUUGGAUCAUUUUGUUGGCGAUGGGCGUCUUCUCCUCCUUCAUCGGCUCCAUCUCCGCCACGGUGAGCUCCUUGCGCUCGGCCCGCUUGGAUAACAUGCAGAAGCAGUCCAAGAUGCUCCAGUUUUUCAUCGAGCGGAACCUUUCAGUCGAUCUCUACGGCAAGGUGCAGGAGGCCUUGCGCAAAGAGGGCGCCUUCCGAGUGCGGCUCAAAGAGACCGAGGUGAGCCUUAUCGAGGGCAUUCCAGAGCGCUUCAAGAUCCAGCUGCACGAGGAGAUGUUUGCGCCCAUGCUCGAGGGCCUCGGCAUUUGGCCGGUCUGGGAGGAGGACGAGGGUCGCCUCCUCUUCCGGCUGCUGAGCCACCGGGCCAUGGCGGAGCAGGGCUGCACCCCCGGGCAGGACGCCUUCAUCCCAGGCCAAGCCUGCCAGCAGGUCCUUAUGCUUCAAGAGGGCUGCAUGAACUACGCGGCGAAGGACUACAGCUGUGAAUGCUCCGCCUUAUCGGCUGCCAACCUUUGCCUGCCUGUGCUCUGGGCGGAGUGGUUCUACCGGGGUCGCCUCACAGCGGUGGACUCGCUCUGCUACUUUGUGACUUUGGGCUCGGAGGAGUUUGGCAAGAUCAUUCUGGAGGUGGGCGGCGGCAUUUUCAAGCACCUGCAGAUCCUGGGCUUCCUUCUAGUGGGUCACAUCGAGCACAUGGUGGAGGAUGGCAAGCAGGUGACCGACCUGGCGGAGGUCAAGGAGCUCCGCACCCGCGCGGAGCAGUUUACGGAGCUCUCCAACAGCUCAAGCUUGACCAGAAGCGGCAGCAUGUCGGCGCGCAUGGCCAAAUCCAUCAAAGCUCGCAGCACCUUGGAGCAUGAAGCGCAAGCGCAAGAAGAAGCCUCGCCGUUCGCGAAGACUUGUCAGAGCGACUCGCUGAAACUGUGA